AUGAAAGCUACGUUUUUGAUCGCCCCCCUCGCCACCGCGACUGCCGCCAUCGAAGUGCGUCAACAUCGCUACUCGUGUGUCAAGAACAACUGCGUGUUGCAACCGCUCACGUCCGACAACGUGGCGGGCACCACGAGCCUCAACGUGUGCGAACUGACGUGUGGCCAGGGCAGCCUAUGGCCGCAGCCCACGUCCGUGUCCAUCGGCCAGGACACCGUCGCCAUCAGCACAUGGAGCGCUAACCACCGCCUUGUGUUCGAAGGCAAGCCCGCCUAUGACGUGACUCCGCUGGUGUCGUCGUUCAAGUCGGCGUUCUCGGACGCGCUCAAGUUCAAGGCCAAGGAGGGCAACGGCAAGGACAUUAAGAGCACCAGCGAAGUGCUCGACCUGAACACGGACGAGUCGUAUGACUUGAGCGUGGACGGCAUCAAGGUCACGAUCAACGCCGCCACGUUGUUCGGGUACCGCCACGCGCUGACGACACUGUCGCAACUGGUCGAGUUCGACGAGUUCUCCAACACGGUCCGGCUCGUGUCCAAGGUGACCAUCAAGGACAGCCCUGCGUACAAGAACCGCGGCAUCACCGUGGACACGGCGCGAAACUUUUACUCGGUAGAAGCCGUCAAGCGCAUCAUCCGCACCAUGGCCCUUAACAAGCUCAACACGUUCCACUGGCACAUCUCCGACUCGAACGCGUUCCCGGUCGAGUCCAAGACAUACCCCAACCUCACCGCGUACGGCUCGUACAGCGCCAGCAAGGUCUACACCCAGGACGACAUCCGCGGCGUCGUCAAGUACGCCAAGACGUACGGCGUGCGCGUGGUGCCCGAGCUGGACGCGCCUGCUCAUGCCGGCUCUGGCUGGGAGUGGGGUCCUGCCGCCGGCUUGGGAGAGCUGACUUUGUGCUACGGCGCCAAACCGUGGUUUGAGUCAUGCGUGCAGCCCCCUUACGGCCAGCUCAACCCGCUCAACGACAACGUGUACAAGGUGCUCGAGAUGCACGUGGGCUGCUGGAACCAAUCGGUGGCCGUGUACCCGUUCGUGAAGGACCGCCACGACCCCAAGAGCUUCUUCCACUUGUGGGGCGAGUUUCAAGUGCGCAGCGCCAAGGUGAUCGAGAAGGCGCAGAAGAAGUACCUGCCUGUCAACAACACGAUCGUGCAGAUCUGGAGUGACUAUGCCAGCGGCGACACGAAGCGCCUCAAGGACGCCGGGUACGAAGUCGUGUCGACGUUCUGGGACGCGCACUAUUUGGACUGCGGCUUUGGCGGCUGGGUGGCCAACAACAACGGCUGGUGCAACCCGUACAAGACGUGGCAAGUGAUCUACGACACGGACGUCGCCCCCAACGUCACGGCGGCCAACAAGAAGCUCGUGCUCGGGGCGCAGGUGGCCCUCUGGGCUGAGAUGGCCGACACCGUGUCGGCGGACUUUAAGAUCUGGCCCCGUGCGUCGGCGCUGGCCGAGCGUUUGUGGUCCAACCCCACGACCACGUGGAAGGACGCCAUGUCCCGCUACCGCACCCAUCGCGACCGCCUCGUCGCCGAGGGAGUCAACAUCGCCCCCAUCCACCCCGAAUGGUGCCGCCAAAACCCCACUGAAUGCACCUUGGUCUGA